CCACUCCAAAUCUCUAUCUCUAUGAUUCCUUGUCUUGUCUCUAUGCUUGUGUCUGUCAAUGUUGGUCUAUCUCUCUGACAGGGAGCACCGUAGCUGCUGAGCCUCAGUCCUCCUCUAGGCACUGUCCCCAUCCUUGUCCCGAAUCUCCCUCUCCACCUCUUCUGGUAGUUUCAGCCGCUGCCUUUCUCCCACCCACCACCUUGGCCAUGCUGCACGCCGAGGGGCACGCUCUCCUGCGGGCAGUGGGGCAGGGGAAGCUGCGCUUGACUCGGUUGCUCUUAGAGGGAGGUGCUUACGUGAAUGAGGGCGACGCGCAGGGGGAGACUGCACUGAUGGCUGCCUGUCGGGCCCGCUAUGACGACCCCGAGAACCGGGCCCGCAUGGUACGCUACCUACUGGAGCAGGGCGCUGACCCCAACAUAGCCGACCGGCUAGGGCGCACAGCUCUCAUGCACGCCUGCGCCGGAGGUGGAGGAGCCGCAGUAGCCACCCUUCUCCUAGCCCACGGCGCUGACCCCUCGGCCCGAGACCACGCCGGCGCCUCAGCUUUAGUGCACGCGUUGGACCGCGGUGAUCGCGAGACCCUCUCAGCCUUGCUGGAAGCCUGCAAAGCCAAGGGCACUGAAGUCAUCAUCAUCACUACGGACACUUCCCCUUCUGGCACCAAGAAGACCCGGCAAUAUCUCAAUUCCCCUCCCUCCCCUGGGAUCGAAGAUCCGCCCACCCCAGUUCCAACCCCAGGGGUCUGCAUGUCGCCUUCAGAAAUCCAACUGCAGACUGGAGGGGGAGGAAAAGGAGUGCUGUCUCCCCGGGCCCAAGAGGAGGAGGAAAAGCGGGACGUAUUCGAAUUCCCUCUCCCUAAACCCCCAGACGAUCCAGCUUCCUCCGAUUCCCUCCCCAAACCACCCCGCCACCCUCCACCUAAACCGCUCAAGAGGCUCAACUCAGAGCCUUGGGGGCUAGUUGCCCCUCCGCAACCGCUCCCGCCAGCCGAGGGGCGACCAGCGACUGACCGACUGAUUGCCGAAUUUAACGGCCUGGCGCUGACUAGUCGUCCCCGGCUCUCACGGCGUCACAGCACCGAGGGACCUGAGGAACCACCCCCGUGGGCUGAAAAAGUGACAGGUGGAGGGGCCCUUUCUCGGCGCAAUACGGCGCCAGAGGCCCAGGAAUCGGCUCCCCUGCCUGGGCUGAAGCAGAAGCUGAGCCGCAUGGAGCCUGUGGAGCUAGACGGCCCCGGUCACCUAUGCCCAGACUCUCCGGACUCCAGUCGCUUGUCUCUUGAGCGCCGCCGGUACAAUGCUUCUCCGCUGACACUGCCUUCGGCAGGCUCAGUUACUUCACCUGGGCAGUCCCAAGAAAGCCUUCCUGGGGCCGUAUCUCCUCUGAGUGGGCGGAGACGGAGUCCUGGGCUUCUGGAAAGGAGGGGCUCUGGGACUUUGCUCCUGGACCACAUCUCCCACACCCGGCCAGGCUUCCUGCCACCACUCAAUGUCAGUCCUCACCCUCCCAUCCCAGACAUUCGCCCUCUACCAGGGUGCCGGGCCCCAUCUCUCCCUGCUCCUCAUCAUUCCGGGGGACUUGGGUCUCCCAGGGCCAAGAGGAAAUUAGUGAGACGUCACUCCAUGCAGACAGAGCAAAUUAGACAGCUAGGGGGAUUCCAGAGUCUAGGGGGACCAGGAGAACAAGGGCGUUGAGGGGAUAAGAGGAGCUAGGAAUGACGUAGAUAAGGCUAUGACAGGGCAGGUGGGGCCACCGGCUCACAGACACCAUGCACACACAUACUAGAGGUCACUUGUAUUUUGCUCAUAGGCACUGCAUGGUGCAAUCUUGGUAGAGAUGCACAUGUUCAGGGGCACAGAGCACUUUACUGGAAAGGUCACCAGGCAUUCACAUGUACUGGGCAGUCACACAUCUAAGGGUCAUGUAUGUGGCUGAUGCAACUGUGCACUUGCAAGUGAGAUCAGUGUAAGCUCACAGGCAUUAUGCACUUGCAUGCACCAUAAGGUCAAAGGUGCUCAUUGGCACAAGGGCCCCCAAACAUACUUGCACUUGUUCAUGGGCAGUGAGAUGACCUGCCAAUAACUAGUGCCUAACCUAACACCCUUCUCCACUCCAAAAAGAAAAAAAAAGAAAAAAGAAAAAAAAAAGAUCCUUACCAUUCCCUUACCUUCUGUGCUUGCAAUGAUUUAUUUCUAUUUAUUUAGGUACAGUGGCACAUGCCCUAUAAUGCAUUUUUUACACACCCAAUUCCAGUGGGAAUGUUGACUCUUUGGGGAUCCCUUUUAACCCACCUACUUGACUGGGUUCUCUGAUCCUCUGCUCUCCCUCUCCUACUUCCCAACCUCACACAACUUGGGAAAAUACUGCUUUCCAGCCCUCUUGCUGCACCCAGUUCUGCUGCUUCCCUCAUUGCUCCUUCAACUCUUCCCUCCUUUCCUCUACAAGCCCAGAUACUUCCUUACCCCAAAGCAAUUCAAUAUAUCAGGUUGUCUUGUCUUCCCAGGAGAAGUGGGGCAUGCAGUUCAAACUGCUCUUUUAUGAGCUUCUGUUCUCCCCAAGGCAGAGGAGGACAAUGAUCUUAAUCCCCCACUUGACAUAUCAAAAUAAAGGUGUUCAGAAGUCUCCACCAUGUCUCUCCACUCACUUGGGAGGAGGGGAUGGGACGGGCAAUGCUGAUCCAAAUCUUGAUCAUAACUUCUAUCAUCAGUGGAAAGCCCUGGAAUCAUGGUAGAGAAAAAGUUAGCCUUCAUCUCCUCAUCUUUAAAUCUCAGUUCUUUUCCUCUGUCUCUCCUUUGGAUCCCAAGGAUCCAUCUAUCUAUCUCAGGUUCACCGAACCAUAAACAUGUCGAUUUUAGUGCUCUAAGGUUAACAAAGUGCUUUUUAUCUCAAAACAACACCACGAGAAGCGUAGAGCCACUGUUAUGCCCAUUUUAGAGAUGAG